AUGAAUAGGGAACUGGAGAAACGGCACUGCCCUGUAGUACUAUAUACUUUCUCUAUACUCUGUAAUUCUAUUCAGUACAGUCGUAAAUUCUUCAUGCCCAGUGUGAAAUAUUCCUUAAUUGAUGUACAAGCACUUUGCCUUUUAUUAUUCGCAGGACUGUCGACAAAAGUUCCAAGGCGGCUCGUUCUUUGAUCACGAAGGUUUACCCUACUGCGAGACCCAUUAUCAUGCGAAGAGAGGAUCCCUCUGCGCAGGAUGUCAUAAACCGAUUACAGGUCGUUGCAUAACCGCCAUGUUCCGCAAGUUCCAUCCGGAGCAUUUCGUAUGCGCAUUCUGUUUAAAACAAUUGAACAAAGGCACUUUUAAAGAACAAAAUGACAAACCGUAUUGCCAUGGCUGUUUCGACAAGCUAUUCGGUUAG